CAAAGUCAUGUUUCCCCUAUAAAUAGGCGAGCGCCGGUUUGGCGUUUUUCGCUCAUUCGCAGCUCGAAUUUUUACGGUGUCUUGCCAAUACGUCGCUCCGAAUCAGACAAGGAACAUUUCUCCUUGGCUGUUUAUGUUUACGUAGCGGAGCCUCUACAAGUAGUUUCUUCAUUCCGGGUCACAACGGCGGCGCUCUGGUAGUGUUUCCGUGUGCGUUACAAUAUGUUCUUACUCGUUCGUAUUGAAAUUAAUUUAUUUGUUUUUCAUCGGUUGGGUUCAGUGGGUUUAUAUUCCAGUUGUUUUGUGGACUGGUUUGGUUUUGGAAUUCUGAUUUAUAGGUAGUUUUGUGGAGAUUAUAGAUAGUGUUGUGUGGAUUUUUUUUGGUUGAUGUUGAUUUGUUUGUUUAUUGGUACUUGAUUAUUUGCUGGUAAUGUGGUGUUGAGGAUUUUUGGAGAGUUUCUCUACACCUCCCAUGACCAGCUAUAUGGAAUGGAAUGGAAUGGAAUAUAACUAGGCAGCCAGCAAGCCAAUGUUCCCACUUCAUCAUCGGGUUGGGUGGUAGAUCAUUCAUUCCUCUUCUACAUUUAUCAUUCAUGUUGUUGCCAUAAGUUUGGCUUUUAUAUAUUUAUAGUAUUUUAUUUUAUUAAAAAUAAUAUAAACAAUACUAGAUCAACUCGCACACGAUUCAUUUCACGAUUCAUUUCAUGACAGUGGCGAGGUCACCUCACAUCACCACACGUCCAUGUCCAUAGCUGUGGGCAUUGGGGUUGAAUCUUGAUUGAGCUGCAACUGUUGAUGAUGUCGAUUUUGUUGCCCACUCUGCAGGUUUUAGGUGUUGGGCUAUUUGUAUGAGGUAGAUGUGGAUUGCCGCAGUGGCUGGCAAUGAUUGAGAUUAGAUGUAUGAAUAUCUAUUGGUAUUAUGUGCUCCUUACAGUACAAUACAAUACAAUGCUCGGAGGUGAUUGUUGUUAGGCAUAACUUUGCCUCUGGGCUGGCUGGCAUACAUGAGACCUGACCUUGUUUGUACAAGAUUGAUUGAUCGAGGCUUGCAGUUCUUACCUUACCUGCGUGCCUGCGUGCCUUGAGUUACUAUUAUUAAUUAAUAGCCACUCCAGUGACGGGCUUUAGAUCCCUGCUAACUUCAAUCAUACAUAUAUAUAUAUAUAUAUAUAUAUGGCUUCUCAAAGUUUCUUGUGGGGUUUAGCCAAGCAAUCUCUGACUGCAGGUCUAAUAUGCCUUACAAUAUCUGAUCGAUACGGCUGUGUUACGGCUGUUCGUGGGUCAUCCAUGUUUCCUACUUUGAAUCCACACAGUAAAAACUCUUCUCAGUUUGAAUUAGAUGACCGUGUAUUAGUUGAAAAAUUCUGCCUCACAAAGUACAAAUUUUCACGAGGAGACAUUGUGGUUUUUUGUUCACCAACGAAUUAUAAGGAGAAAUACAUCAAGAGAAUUGCUGCCCUACCAGGUGAUUGGAUCGAUCUCCCUUCGUUCGAAACCGUAAGGAUUCCUGAGGGGCAUUGUUGGGUUGUUGGAGAAGAUGCUUGUAGCUUAGACUCAACAUCACUUGGCCCAAUUCCUAUGGGGCUGAUAUGCGGACGAGUUACUCAUAUUGUGUGGCCACCUCAAAGAAUUGGUAGAGUUAGUUAUAGGUAGUUGAAGAAGCCUUUCUCUGAAAUGGAUAUGCAUGCGAUGAUGGAUAUGUUGAGUCCAACAGUAGAAACCUGUUUUGGAAUCCCAUUCCAUGCAGUCAAAUCAACCAUGGUUAAACCACCGCUGCGGCCGAUUCUGGUCUUCCUCUUCUUGUGCGCGCAUUGGUGAAGGCUUUCUGCAAUCUCUGCUUUUCAUGGAAGUUAUUCAUCGAGCAAUUAUUGGGUUUCUUUUGGGGAGAAUGGCAGUGGGGAUGAGGCUAACCCAAUCGAUUUAGUUUCUCUUCAUUUUUGAUAAAUUUUAAUUGCAUUUCGUUUAUUGUGGGUUAUCCAAUCUCCAGGCUUUGAAAGAACGUCGCCUUUGACUUUCGAAUACCAGAGCAAUAAUGGUGGUGCAGUAUCGAAAAUGUUUGGCCUGAUCUUGAAUUUUGAGACCAAAUGAAGACUUGUUUUUUUGGCCUUUCAGGCUUGCAGAAGAGUGAUUCCUUUCAGUUAUGAUUCUUAGCCAUUGGAUUGUGUAUUUUCAAUUGAAUUCAUUUUAGCAUCGGAAUAUUUUCUCAUGUUUGUUUCGCUUUGCUGUGGUAUUUUUGGAUAAUGAAAUAUGAAGUUGCAGGAUGCUCCAA